AAAACAUUUCAUAAAUGAAUCGAGCUCCUGAUCAUUGUGACAGUCGGCCACGAUAAGCAAUGUUGUAUUUAUUUAUUUAUUUGGAGAUUUCUCGAGAUGACUAACAAACUGAUCCGCCUGAUUUAGGAAAUUAUUUCAGUUCUUAAUGGCAGACCAGAUGAAAGUGGUAGGGGUAUUGUCCGCUUUCACCCGAGGAGUGUUUUCACUGUGACACCUAUGUCCAGAACAAGUUGAUGUCAACAUAACGCUUGCAGAACAUUUCGUUAUUCUUUUUAUACAGUUGGUUACCUAACGAGUUAACUAAAUGAGCAGUAAAAGCGACUCUCAGAAUGGUAACCGUCCCGAGCGGAACGUGGCUUACAUUUACAGUUCACAGUUUAUCCAAACUUGCGAUUCACUAUCAAAAGUCCCCAACAGGGCAAGUAUGGUGCACUCUCUAAUAGAAGCCUACGGAUUACUGAAACACAUGAGUGUGGUGAAGCCACGGUUAGCAACCAUGGAGGAUAUGGCGGUCUUUCACACAGAAGCGUACCUUGAGCACCUGCAGAAGAUCAGUGAGGACGGUGACAAUGAUGAUCCUCAGUCUGUUGACUUCGGUCUUGGUUACGACUGCCCGGUGGUGGAGGGUAUUUUUGACUACGCCGCGGCGGUCGGCGGGUCCACCUUGACGGCUGCCCAGUGCCUCCUCGACGGGAAGAGCAAAGUGGCAAUCAACUGGGCAGGGGGCUGGCACCACGCCAAGAAGUAA